AUGAGCUGUCUUUCUGACCUUAUCCACAUGGCGAUUGGCCUCCACCUCCCUCACCGAAUGAAAAGUGACCCAAGUAGGGGAAGCUCGCACACGACAUCUGCCAUUUUUAUCGACAGUGUAACGUUACUCCAACCUCCAGAAGCUUGUUCCGGUGCCAUCAUUGAACCCGACUCGGAAUUGGCCGUAACGGUAGUCUUUGAGUUGGAACAAAAAGCUCUUCCCAGCUCGUGUGGGAACGUAUCAGCUUUCAAACCAACAUAUUUUUCCGGGUCUAGUGAGAACCUAAUCGCUCAAUUUCUUCCAGAAACGGCUCUCUCCGGCACGUCUUGA